ACAUCUUAGAACAGCGCAGAUCUCCAUCACAUCACAGAAGCGUCUUGGGAAAUACUGAUUAGAAUACUGUCCCUGGAUCUGUGGUAGAAUCGAAUGCCCUUGCACUGAAUCGUAUACAGUGCUAGACCGUACUAGACGAGCAAAUAACAGACUCCAUUUUGUAUUUCGGGCUUUAAGAAGGGCUGCUUGUUUCGGGGCAAUUACCAAGGACUGUUGAGAAAAUGAACGGGUGUCGCAUCUUUAUUGGUCGCCUAAAUCCCUCUGCCAGGGAAAAAGAUGUCGAACGCUUCUUCAAAGGGUAUGGCAGAAUCCGUGACAUUGAUCUGAAGCGUGGAUUCGGUUUUGUGGAGUUUGAUGACCCAAGAGAUGCUGAAGACGCUGUUUAUGAACUCGAUGGCAAAGAGCUCUGUAAUGAAAGGGUGACUAUUGAGCAUGCUCGUGUGCGCCUGCGAGGGGGGCGAGGAAGAGGUGGCGGAGGUGCCAGUGGUGGUGGUGGUGGCCGCUUCCCAGCCCGCUACGGCCGAGGCUCCCAGGACAGUCGUAGUCGGAACCCCCCUCCUAUGCGCACCGAGAACCGGCUCAUUGUGGAGAACCUGUCUUCAAGAGUCAGUUGGCAGGACUUGAAGGACUUCAUGAGGCAAGCCGGAGAAGUGACAUUUGCUGAUGCCCACCGGCCCAAACUCAACGAAGGCGUUGUUGAGUUUGCCUCCUCCAGUGAUCUGAAGAAUGCCCUGGACAAAUUGUCUGGGAAAGAGAUCAAUGGGAGGAAAAUCCGUCUCAUUGAGGCCAACAAAAAGAGGUCCAGGUCUCGUUCUCGUUCUGAGAGCUCUUCGCGCUCUCGUUCCCGCGGACGCUCCCCGUCCCGCUCGCGCUCCCGCUCCCGCAGCAGGAAAUCCUACCGCUCGCGUUCCAGGAGCCGCUCACGCUCGGCCAGCCCCUCCCCGGCCCGGGCCAAGGAGUCGUCCAAGCGUCCGGCGCGGGCAGAGUCCGGCUCCCCGCCGAGCCCGGCUCCCCAGCGCGCGCCCCUGUCCCCGGCCCGCUCCCCGUCUCGCUCCCGCUCCCGUUCCCGCUCGCACUCCCGCUCCCUCUCCCCUUCCUCCGACAGUCGCCACUGAGGACCACCCUCGAGGCAUACGCGCGCACUCACACACACGCUCAAACACACUCUCAUACACAAACGCACACACACACACACUUGAUAUCAGCCAAACUGGCUCCUCCAGCUGGGUGUUUUCUCAUGAACAGCCAUUCGUUCGUGCCCCUCAUCGUUCCCAUAUAUCAGUCAUUUGCCAGUGGUCAGAUGGAGCCAUGUAUGGAUAUGUGUAUGUUUCCUUUAACUGCAAAAAAGCCCACAACCACUCAGAGAGACAGGUAGUCUUUUACUUUGCCCAGUCUUUUUUUGUUUUUAAAAUAAGUGCACACCCCAGGGAUUUCAUUUUUACACUAACGAAGCAACGUGACUCAGUUGUUGACUGUGAAAUUGUUUGGAAGCUCAUUCAGAGGUGAACGACUACCAUUGGUGUGAUAACUGUUCUCCACCAGAGUUCUCCAGUCUCGUGGACUCCUCAUACUGUAGGUAUUGGCACAAAAGUGAACUUCGAGCUGCGAAAGGUUCGGUUGUUCUGAUUUGGGUCUUAUGUGGUGAGUAUGGUACUUUUUUGCCCUCAUUUUUACUUUUCUUCUUUUUUUUCUUUUCUUUUUUUUAAAAUUGUAAUGCUUGAUGGAUUAUAGGAGAAUAAUUUAAACUGGUGUUAAAGUGUUGUGUAUGGAACAACUACAAAGUAUUGUUUGAUUUUUAUACGUCUGUGUGGAAAGUGUAUUCAGUCCGGCAUAAUUUGCAAUUUGCCCUCAUUUGUCCUCUUUCAAGCGUACAAUGGAGUCACUUACUAGUUUCUAAAUUUGCUUGAAUUAAUUUGCUGAUUUGUUUUUUUAAUAAAAGAGUGGUUUGCUGGUGUUCAUUCCCAUAGAAUAUAGACGGUGGCUCAUAUAGUCUUUGGGUAAUGUCUUUUGUGGUGAGUGGGUGCUGGUCGGAUAAGGGGUCAGCAGGUUUGCCGACAGGGUCUUUCGGAUGCUCACGCCCAGAGCCUAAAGGACCUUGGCCAUCGCUGGUCUCCUGGGUUCCUAGCGGUGACAGGAAAGCUACAGAACGUCAGACUGUUGGUUGGUUUGUUUGUUUGUUCGUUUGUUUCUUGUUGUUUGCUCUGCCAUCCUCUGUUCGUCCGGCCAGCCUCACUCAGGUUUGGGAUGUUUAGUUCAGUUUAUUAACUGAGCUGAUAUUGUACAUAAUUUUCUGUAUCUCUGGUAUUUCACAAUAAAAUAAAAGACUUCAGUUAUGACAA